CCCAGCCAUAGCCCAAGAGGAACCUGGGGGCUCCAACUCAGUCCUGAAUGGUGACGCUAAUAGUGACAAAAAGAUGGAGAAGAGGACAUGUGCCCUCUGCCCUGAGGGCCACGACUGGAGUGUGAUUUACUUCGAACCAUCGUCGAAUAUAGCAGCUCAUGAAAACUGUUUGCUGUAUUCAUCAGGACUGGUGGAGUGUGAUCCUCAUGAUCCACGGAAUCCAGCCAGAAGCUUUGCUGUCAAAUCAGUGAAGAAAGAGAUCUGGAGAGGGAGAAGGUUGAAAUGCUCAUUUUGUAAUAACAAGGGAGCCACUGUGGGAUGUGAUUUACAGUCUUGUCCCAAGAAUUACCACUUACACUGUGCCAAGGAGGACCAUGCAAUUCUACAAGUUGAUGAGGAUCAUGGAACUUACAAAUUAUUUUGCCAACGACAUGCUCCAGGGGGUCAAGAACCCACACAACUUGAUGCAGCUGUCAAAGCUUCUUUUCUUAAGAAAUGCCUGGAAGCAGGACUUCUUACUGAAUUAUUUGAACAGAUACUACAAAAAAUGAUUUCAAUUCAUGGAAGAUUCAUGGCUGAGACUGCUUCAGAGUCAGACUAUGAAGGGAUCGAGAUCUUACUGUUUGGCUGUGGAUUAUUUAAAGACACAUUAAUAAAAUUCAAAGAAGCAAUCAAGAGUAAAACUUGUGAAUAUGAAGAAGGGAUGAGCCAGAUGAAGCAGCAGCUUGAGUUACUUGCAGAAUUACAACAAAACCUGCGCUCAUUUCAAGAAUGUGUGGACCUGGACCACAUCAAGCUCUACCUCAGGGUCCUUGCUACCUCCUGAGGACCACCAGUGCAGAUGCCAGGAGUCUCCUGAAGUGCAAGCAGGCUCAGGAGACAGCCUGUGACAGAUCCAGUCCUCUCCAGCUCUGACCUGCUACUGCUCAGCCAGGCUCCAUACCUGACAGGUUGUUUCUUGUCUGCUCCCUUGUCAUCUCACUUGUCCUGCUUUCUCCUGACAGUAACAGCUGUUCCUCAGGUCAACUGGAUCAGGCCCCCAUGUCCUCUAAAGAGCAGGAAGUCCUCCUACCUACCCUACCCACCCUAGUCAGGGGCAGCAACCUUUCCUGGAAUCUUAGAGCUUUCUUCUUGCUUCUGCUACUCCUGCAGUAGGUCUGUCUCAUCAUGGUCUUCUCUCCGUAUUAGUGACUUCAUCAGAAUGGAGCAGAGCCUCACUCCUGUGCAUAGCUCGCUGGUUCCCUGGGUUUCUGCUCACUACCACCUUCCCAACAUUGAGCACACUUAAUAAAUGAUUG